AUGGAGAACGACUCUGACAUUGAUAAAGAGAAACUUCUCACAGAACAUGUCACCAAACGCUGGAUCAAAAAUGUCAUCUUCAUUAGGGAUGGACAGAAGUGUAUCAUCGCGAAUGAUAUUGGUCAUCGCAAAAACUUUUGGUAUCCAUGGUUUGAAGAGCACUUUGACGAUAGACGCCGAAAGUAUUGCGUCGAUCCGCGUGGCCGAACACUCAAGGAAGUUGACCAUACAAGCAAGAACCGAAGAGCGUUCAUGAAAGACACCCUCCACAAGAGUGAGAAAGGAUGGCACUUACCUCGAAGCCAUGAUCGCCAUAUCUUCAAAUUUCCUCAAGUAUCGAUCAUUAAAGCUAAUUUUCCACGUGCUGCAGAGAUCAUCGACAAUAUACUGGGCCAUCUCGUGCAAAUUAUGGAUGCUGCACUUGUGCCUCAAAUCGCGACGACCAAUUGGAAAAAAAAGUUCACCGGCUCACCCCACCACACGACUAGUCAAGACUGUUAUCCGUAUACAACGACUGAGAUCGGUGUACUCACCACGACUAUACAUGGCAAACUAAUGGUAUUGCGCAGAGUUCACCAAGGUCAGAUAGACGCAACUUGUCUACGAGUGUGUAGAGCCUGGAACCAGACAGGGGGUCGAUUGCUGUACCGAUUCAACCGCUACGAUUUCAAGACCAACAAUCCGACUAAAGAUGCAAGUCCUGGGAGUUGGAUUGACGGCAGUUUUUGGCGGCCAUCUCCGAAUAAACCCUUUGUCAUAGCUCGAGAUGAUUCUCCUAGAAUCUUCAAUGCUAGAAUACAGAAGGGCAUUAGAGACAUUCAGAGGCAAGUGGCUAUCAAGAAAUUAGUAGGAUGGGUAUACCACGACCCUUUUCUACGCUUUUUGCACAUGAUCGGUGCCAACAAUGCAGCCCUUCUUCGCACCCUGUCAUUCUCUGGCGAGGUUCGCUGUCACCAAUGCGAGUGGGGACACUUUUGCGAUGACUGUCUUUUGGAGAGCUUUCGGGUUUACAUUCCCGUUAUGAAUGCGCUUUGUCCCAAUGUACAGAAAUUGAUUUUGAAUGUCAAAACAGAUAGCCAAGCGCGAGCUGUAAACAUAUUCGAAAGGAAGGUCCGUGAGUUUUUCGAGGGAGAACUUCGAGAAUUGAGAUCUGUUACGGAACUGGUAGUAGUCGAUUUGAUAGUAAAUGGCUACGAACUGCCGGACGGUGAUACUAGAAGUGUCUCAACCGCUCAACUGGCAGAGCUAACGGUCAGUCAUUUCCGAGAAAGAGCUUCUUGA